AAGAAUCUCAAGCUUGAAAUCCAAUACAUGAGUUAACUCAGUAGAACCAUUCCACCACCAUGAAGAAAAGUGGUAUUCCUCUCCUUUUGGGUGUCAUCUUCCUGACUCUGAUUGGAGUUCAAGGAGCCCUAAUAAGGAGGAACAGACGGUGUUUCUGCAUCAACACCAGCCAAGGGAUGAUCCACUUAAAAUCCUUGAAGGAACUUAAACAAUUUGCCCCAAGCCCUUCUUGUGAGAAAACUGAAAUCAUUGCUACAAUGAAGAAUGGGAUUCAAACAUGUCUAAACCCAGAUUCAGCAGAUGUGAAAAAAUUGAUUAAAGAAUGGGAGAAACAGGUCAGCCAAAAGAAAAAGCAGAGGAAAUGGAAAAAAUCUCAAAAAAACAGGAAGGUUCUGAAGGUUAAAAAAGCUCGACAUCCUCACCAGAAGAAGACUGCAUAAAUGACUACUUUACUAACAAGUAUUUUGUGUUUAAAAGAUUCUUCUUAAUUAUACUGAAAUAAUUCCAAAAA